AUCAUGUUUGAAUGAACUGCUAGUUGUAAACAAAGUCCAGAGUCCAAAGACCACUUAUGCGCGACCUGAAUCCAGUACGAUUCAAAGUUCACAUUAAGUGUCAUCAAAAGGAAGGAAUAUGGGGGACAAGAAGAUACUUUGCAUAGGGUUGGUGUGUUUAGAUAUUAUCAACGUUGUGGAUAAAUAUCCGGAAGAGGACACUGACAGCAGGUGUCUGUCUCAGAGAUGGCAACGUGGAGGGAAUGCGUCCAACUCCUGCACGGUGCUGUCGUUACUGGGAGCCCCAUGCGCGUUUAUGGGGUCUCUGGCACCAGGACCAGUUGCUGACUUCGUCUUGAAUGACUUUCACUUGUACCAGAUUGACAUCUCUCUUCUGCUGGAGUGUCCAGGGUGCUCCUUUCCGGCCUCAAUGGUCAUCAGCAAUGUGACAACAGGCAGCCGCACUAUCCUACACAUGAACAGAAACCUGCCUGACGUCACUGCUGAGGACUUUUCCAAGGUGGACCUGAGCCAGUACAGAUGGAUUCACUGGGAGGGUCGUAAUGCUGAGGAGCAGGUGAAGAUGAUCAAGAAGGUGGAGGAGUUUAACCGGUCAGCCACAGAGAAGGAGAGAGUCAGCAUCUCCGUGGAGAUCGAGAAGACCAGGGAGCCGCUCUACCAGCUCUUCCAGUAUGGAGACGUGGUGUUUGUCAGUAAGGACGUAGCGAAACACUUUGGCUUCGACUCCGCUCCCAGUGCUCUGAAGGGCCUGUACAGUCGAGUGAGGAAGGGAGCUGUGCUGAUCUGUGCCUGGGCAGAGAAAGGUGCCGAUGCCCUGGGUCCUGAUGGCAUAGUCGUCCACUCGGAUGCCUUCCCACCAGAGGCGCUCGUGGACACACUUGGUGCAGGGGACACUUUUAAUGCCUCGGUCAUCUAUACACUCUCCAAUGGAGGGAGUCUACAGGACGCCCUGUCGUUCGGCUGCCAGGUUGCGGGCAGAAAAUGUGGCGUCCAUGGGUACGAUGGCAUCGUGCCAGUCAAAGCAUGAGCGGCGGUGGUGAUGGUGGCGUGAGAAGGACCAAAAAAACACUCUCCUCUCCAGGCCUGGAUGUGGAUGUAAAGCCCUCACGCCAGCAGGCUGUGGAACGGGUGUGGCCCAGUUCUGGUCCUGAUCUGGCUCUGAUCUGCAUAACGUUAGGUUUGGGUGUGUGUGAGAGAGUGUGUAUCUGUCUUGGUUAGUAUUGGCCAAAGCAACCAAACAGAAAGACACGUCUGUUGAUAAACAACUUUGAAGCAUGAGCCUCGCAUCUGUGCCGAGGCCCCGUAAUUUGAUUGGUUGAGAAUCAUUAAGGAUGGUAAAUUAGUUUGAAAGCUUAACGUUACGCAGUUUAGCAUAGUGAAAGUUGUUCACAUGCAUCUGAAUAGGUGAUUCUGUAUUUGCACUCCUCACACUGUCUACUGAUAAUUGUACUAAUUGCUACUAUUUCAUUUUCAAACAUACAUGACCAAAUACACUUUUACUAAUUGUUAGUUGUACUUGAUGUAGAUGCAAUGCUGGCAAAUUGAAGUUAAUUAACAGUAAUAUCAGGUCUGAUUUAGACAGUGAGAAUGUUUUUUUGUUGUUUUUUUUUUCAUGUACAACUACAUGUACAGUACAUCUGACAAUAAAUGGAAUUCAAAUA